CCCCUUCCUAAAACCCUAGUCUUCAUUCUAUAUAUCGCAGAACCCCUAGCCAUCACUCCCCCCCCACUAUCAUUCCAUUUGCUUUGCCUUUAAUUCUCCUUGCUAUCGAACUCUACCAAGUAUGAGACCUCCAAGAGGCCGUGGUGGUGGGUUUAGGGGCAGAGGUGAUGGGGGGAGAGGGAGAGGAAGGGGUGGUGGUGGUGGAAGAGGUGGCGAUAGGGGAGGCAGUGGCAUGAAGCCCCGUGGUGGUGGCCGCGGUGGAGGAAGAGGACGUGGUGGUGGAAGAGGAGGAAUGAAAGGUGGGAGCAAGGUUGUAGUUGAGCCCCAUAGACACGAGGGAGUUUUUGUUGCCAAGGGUAAAGAAGAUGCUCUUGUUACUAAGAAUAUGGUGCCUGGUGAGGCUGUCUACAAUGAAAAGAGGAUUGCUGUUCAGAAUGAAGAUGGAACCAAAGUUGAGUACAGGGUUUGGAACCCUUUCCGAUCCAAGUUGGCAGCUGCAAUUCUUGGUGGUGUUGAUAAUAUAUGGAUUAAACCCGGUGCUAAGGUUCUCUACCUUGGAGCUGCUUCGGGUACCACUGUUUCUCAUGUAUCCGAUGUUGUUGGUCCUAAUGGAGUGGUUUAUGCUGUGGAAUUUUCUCACAGAAGUGGUAGGGAUUUGGUCAACAUGGCUAAGAAGCGAACGAACGUUAUACCUAUCAUUGAAGAUGCUAGGCAUCCUGCUAAAUACAGGAUGCUAGUUGGCAUGGUGGAUGUGAUAUUUUCUGAUGUUGCGCAGCCUGAUCAGGCAAGAAUUCUGGCUUUGAAUGCAUCGUAUUUCCUGAAGGCUGGAGGUCAUUUUGUUAUUUCAAUCAAGGCAAACUGCAUUGACUCAACGGUCCCUGCUGAGGCUGUAUUCCAGAGUGAAGUUAAGAAAUUGCAACAGGAGCAGUUCAAGCCUUUCGAGCAAGUCACUCUCGAACCAUUUGAGCGUGACCAUGCAUGUGUUGUUGGCGGCUACCGCAUGCCAAAGAAACAGAAAGCUGGUGCAGCCUAAUGUUUGGAGCUAGCCUGGCGUUUUAAUCUUAUGGUUCAUGUUUGAUGGAUGUUGGGUAGAGUUUGAGAAAAUAGUUAAUGUAUUUUGUUCAAUUUAGGUUGUAUUAGAACUCGAUAUAAAUUUUGUUUUUGAACAUUUGGAUAUCGUGUUGGUUUAAAUCUCCUCCUUCCAUUUUGCGGAAGCUAGACCAUGACCAAAAUGGCCUUGAAAAAAUCCACCUACAGUUUAUAUUAUUAUAAUGUGAAAAUAGCAACUUAGAAA